AUGGGCAGGCCCCUGGCCUUAUUGGCUGCGCUCUGGGCGCUAGGGGCUGCAGGAGAUGCGGCGCUGCGCAUCGGAGCUUUCAACAUCCGGAGCUUCGGCGACAGCAAAGUGUCAGACCCGGCCUGCAGCGGCAUCAUCGCGCAAAUCCUGGCUGGCUAUGACAUCACGCUGGUGCAGGAGGUGCGGGACUCCGACCUGAGCGCCGUAUCCGCGCUCAUGGAGCUGAUCAACAGGUAUGGCGGGCAGGGCCCAACGUGGGCCCAGGUCUCCGAGCGAUGCCUUGACCCCGGGCUUGGCCGGUGUCUCCGCAGCGUGUCCAGGCACGAGUACAGCUUCGUGAGCAGUAAGCCCCUGGGUCGGGACCAGUAUAAGGAAACGUACCUGUUCGUCUACAGGAAGGACACGGUGUCGGUCGUGGACACGUACCAGUACCUGGACCCGGAGGACGCCUUCAGUCGUGAACCUUUCGUGGUCAAGUUCUCGGCACCCGGGUCAGCUGCCGAGGAGUUAGUGUUGAUUCCGCUGCACGCGGCACCGCACCAAGCUGUAGCCGAGAUCGACGCGCUCUACGAUGUGUACCUGGACGUGAUAGACAAGUGGGGCACCUACGACAUGCUGUUUCUGGGCGACUUCAACGCCGACUGCAGCUACGUGCAGGCUCAGGACUGGCCGGCCAUCCGCCUGCGCAGCAGCGAGGUCUUCAAGUGGCUCAUCCCGGACAGCGCCGACACCACGGUGGGCAAGUCAGACUGUGCUUACGACCGCAUCGUGGUCUGUGGUGCCCGCCUGCGCAGCAGUCUGAAGCCCUAGUCGGCCGCCGUAUACGACUUCCAGGAGGAAUUUGGCCUGUACCAGGCUCAGGCGAGUGCUGGGCCCAGUAGGAGCAAGGCCCAACCUCAGUACACCUGGCACUCCCCUCCCUGCACUGUUUCUAGAAAAGGCCCUUAGAGGUUCAGUUCUGGCUGAAUGGAACAAAUCUGGGAUGGCAGUACAGGAAGCUCUUUACCUCCCCAGAGUGGGGUCCCGAGGCCAUGCUCCCACCGAACCCGCACAGCUGGGAUGGAUAGCCCAGGCCUCGCUGUUCUGUUCCCCCACCCCCAGAUGCAGUGGUUUGUGGACACCCAGUGGGCCCCUUCCUGGGGGGAGAUGGGGCAGUUUUCUGGGGGUGGAGCCUGAGGGAGCACUGGCUGCUCA